AUGGACGACGGAAGGGCCAGUUGGGACGACGAGAAAGACUUCACCUGGAUGAAGGAAAUGAUUCACCAGGUGCAUGUGCUGGGCAAGCGAGCCAACAGUGGCUUCAAGCGAGAAGAUUGGCAUGCCGCAACAACGAAACUCAACUCCGACCACGCUGUCAUCUACACGAAAGAACAAGGCAAGUCGAGAAGCGCCGAGAUGAAGAAGCAAUACGCGCAGGUUUCACAGAUUACGAAGACGUCUGGUAUUGGGUUCGAGGCGGCAACGUGCCGGUUCAUUUGCUUGGAUGGGUCGUGGGCGCACGCGGCGGCGGAUGGGCCAUCGACGUAG